CGCUCAGCCCCACUAUGCUUCCCGUGGAUCACUGCGCUCCUCCUCGUGUUGGUGGCCGCCAUUUUGUUGCCGGCCUGUGCAUUUUCGAGGAAAAACAGUCGUGAAAAUGCUCUCUAGAUUGCGUUUAGCUGGGAGCCUAGGCGUUAGAAGCUCUAGGCUUCUGCAAGCAGCAAAACCAAGUGCCCCUGCUCUUACACGCUUCUGCCAGUCCCAGGUCCAGCAGAAAAAAGAAGAUGAGGUUCCUGAGUUUGGCCAGUUCUGGAGGGAUGUCAAGGCAAAUAUGAUGGCUAAGACGGGUGAAACAGGUCAAUUGAUGUUCUUUGGUGGUCUUGCUGCCUAUCUGCUCUCAAAUGAGAUCCUUAUCAUCCAUGAAGAGACAUAUAUUGCAGCUGUGAUGGGAGGAACAUUCUACUGGCUUAUGAAGAAAGCUGGAGGACCUAUUGCUGAGAUGCUAGAUAAUACAUCCCAGGAAAUCUUGGACGCCUUCAAUGUGGGCCGUAACGCCAGCAUCAAACAUCUGCAAGACGCUAUCGACAAUGAGAAACACCUUGAACACAUGUUGUCCUGCCGCACUGAUAUUAUUGAAAUGAUGAGGGAAAAUAAUGUAAUGGGUAUGGAGUUGGAGUACCGCAACAAUGUCCACCAUGUUGUCAAGGAGGUCAAGAAACGAUUAGACUACCAAGUAGAGAUGGAAACAUUCCACCGCAAAGUUGAGCAGGCCCACAUUAUUGACUGGGUGGAGAAAGAAGUCAUCAAAAGCAUAACACCCCAACAGGAAAAGGAAAGUAUUAGUCAAUGUAUUAGGGACCUCAAGGCAAUGGCUGUAUAACCUGGUCUGUGUGUGUGUGGAAUUGUAGCUCGUGUUACCAACAUUGUAAUUGCUUUCAUGCUUUUCUGUGCUAUUCUAAGUGUUGAGAGGGUGUGUUUGUAAAGAAUUAAAUACUUUUUAAUCAGA